GAUAGGGAGAAUGCAGACCGCAAUUCGGAGUCAAGAAGCUUUGAAGAAUACAUUUUACUUCAGGAAUUGCGACAGAGAGUUUGUAACGAUACAAGUAAAAUUUAUUUUUAUUUUAUUUUUACCAGAGAAGUGAAGACCAUGCGUCGCUCUGCUGCCAAAUCUCGGGGCGAUAAAAGCCGCACUGAUUCUGCCUCAGUUAUUGCUGCUCCUCCACCACCACCACACUCGGUCCAGCCCGUCGAGGCCGUGGACAUUGUGCCGGGCCUCCUAACCGAGUCCACCUGGACCAGCAUGCUCACCAAGGAGGAGGGGGAGGAGGUGGUGGUGGACAUCAUAGCGGAACUAAUGGACAGACUGAUGGACCGAUGUUGUCAGGUGUAUUUAAAAAGACAGUUGAUACCCUUCUCGGUUUGGUGGGCGCAAAAUAACCUGGUCGAGACGAUAGAAUGCCUUCUCCUGAUGAGAGAUGAGGGGGACGAUCCAGAACAUGAACCCUUUUGGCAAGAGGACUCAGAACCUCAGCCUUGUGCUAUUGAUGCUUGGGCUGAGGGAUGUGUGCCGGUGUUGCAUUCUGCUCAGCUAUAGCACAGUGCUUUACUGCAGAACUACACCACUUUUAACCUGCUAUGGCUUAAGACCAACAGAGUGAUGAUACCAAAUUAUUCACAAAAUCCAAAGAAAGUCUGACUUCAUUAAACCACACACAUAUACGCAAAGAAACUCAAAAGAAGCAAAUCUCUCCUCCUCUAAGGGCACAAUUGCCCCCAUUGCUUGCAAUAUUUCGUCCCGAUUUACUUAAGAGCUGAAAAAAAAAAAAUUUCCAUUUGAGUCUCAGCAUCAAAACACUGACUCAUCGACCACAGUUUGGGCCUGAGGUGAGGAAACAGGGAUGAGAUCCAAAAAUUCAUGAACUGUUGUAGCCCUUGGACCACAGUGGUAACAGACAGUUUGAACUAAGGCUGACAUAUAAAAACAAACAAAUAG